AUGGCGGCGGCUAGCGCUCAGCUGAAAUGUACUACCCUACAGAAUGUGAUCAAGGGUCUAACACAAACACUUGAAAACCACUGCAAUGUGAAAGAUGAAAACGAUAGACUGAAGGAAAACAUUCACACUUUGGAAGAGAAAUUAAAGGCUUGUGAACAGGAAUAUAAAGAUAAGAUUGAGAAACUUAUGAUAGAAAUUCAAAACAAAGAAGAAGCCCACAAAUUAGAAAUAACACAGUUGAACUGCAACAUAAGACAAAAAUCUGAAGCACAAGAGGUGGAGUUUAGAGAACAAAUAGAGAAAAAAGAACUGGAAAUACUAGAGCUAACUAGGCAGCUGAAAACUCAAGAUGAAGAGAAGCAGAAUGAAAUUAUUAAACUGCAGAUAGAGUUCAAUGCUAAAUUGGCAAGAGUCCAGAACAAGACAACAAAGUCAUUUUCAGAUGCUUCUGUCUUGCCACAAAGUAUCUAUCGAAGGAAGUUGCAGCACCUCCAGGAGGAGAAAAACAAGGAAAUUGAAAUUCUCCGAAACACCAUAAGAGACUUAGAGCAACGUCUUAAUAAAGGCCAGGACUCGCACUUCAAACGGAGGCGGUUUUGAGUAAAUAGCAUGAGGCGUUUCAGUAGUACAAACAAUGAGAAACAGUGUAUUUCAAACUGUAAAAGUAAAGUGAAAGUAAAAACAACGUAUGAAGAGAUACUGAAUACCUUUUAUUGAAAAUUCUCAUUUCAUAUAUUCCAAAAGUAUGCAUUCUGUUUAUAACCAUACUACUUUCUUGCUAAUUAGCAUUCACCAUAAAAAGAUUCAGGUUUCGUAGGAGUAGUAAUUUUCCUAUUAAAUCAUCAUUAAUUAUGGUGUAUGCUUUCAAAGCAGUUUUCCUUUCUUGAAUACUCUGUUCAUCCAGGAAUCCUUUCUACAACUGUAUCUGUAAUUCAACUUGGUUAAUCAAAAUUAGAGAAUGCUAAACUACAGACAGAGAAAUUACACAAAUGUCAGUGGUAUAUUACCUUACUAGUCAAUACAGAUUUAACUAUUUCAGUACUGUCAUAAACAUAGCUAAACAAUAAACCAAGACUGAGUCUGUUCUAUCCCUUUCUUGUUACAAAUAUUGAUUCUGCACAAAGAAUUGUUAACACUUCUCACUUCAGACAUGGUCAUAUUGAUUCAGUGGGAUUUUACAAACUGUAGUAGAAUUUAUCAGUGGAUCCUGAUACUGCACCUAACCCACAAAAGUAAAGAAUGUAACUGUGAUUUUAAAAUAAUGCAAUUAUUGCUUUUAUCUUACACUUGAUAUAAAAAGUUAUUCUGGCACACUUUUAGAAAUAAGCUUUUCUUGUACAUAAUUUGUAUCCCCAGGUCAGAAAAAGCUUUUGAGUAUAUUCCACAUUAAUAAUAAUAAUAAUAAUAAAAAAG